AAUCUAAGAAAACUCAAUUCCCGCCUUUUUGUCAUCCGAGGUCAACCAGCCAAUGUAUUUCCACGCCUUUUCAAGGAAUGGAAAAUAUCCAGGUUGACCUUCGAGUAUGACUCAGAACCGUUUGGAAAGGAGAGGGAUGCAGCUAUUAAAAAGCUUGCGAUGGAGGCUGGGGUUGAAGUCAUAGUCAAGAUUUCACACACCCUUUACAACAUUGAUAAGAUCAUUGAACUAAAUGGUGGUCAGCCUCCCCUCACUUACAAACAUUUCCAGACUCUGAUCAGCCGAAUGGACCCGCCAGAGAUGCCAGUGGAAACCCUCUCCAACACUAUUAUGGGCUCCUGCGUCACACCUGUCUCUGAAGACCAUGGGGACAAAUAUGGUGUGCCAUCGCUGGAAGAACUAGGUGAGCUGAAUGAGAUAAAGAGCUUUAUCUGUUGAGUUUAAAGGGAUAGUUCACCCAAAAAUGAAGAU